AUGACAACAACCGACCCCAGUGAAGUCGCAGACAAUGCGAGCGCCCCCAAUGGGGUCCCCUCCACGAAUAAUUCCAGCGGCCCGUCGCCCUUCGUCUCCCAGCCCUUCUCCGCCGCCACCGAAAUGAUCCUCAAGCGCCUCCGAGGAGAGGGCGGCCCUCUCAAUCCCACUUCCGUCUUGGGCGUCGCCUCCCAACACCAAGUAGCGGCAUACGAAGACGUGCGGCGCACUGUGUUGGAGGGCAUGAAAACAUCACAUAACAUGGAGUUUGCCGCCCCUACACCUACGCCUCGCCGACCUCCCAAGGCGCCCCGCACUGGCAGCGCGUCGGGGAAGGGAUCAGCGAGCGGGACACCCGUAGGGAAGAAGGGCGGUGCGAAAAGCCGGAAGCGGAAGAGGGUUAAAGAUGAGAGUGACGAAAGCGCGGGGGAGAGCGAAGAAAUGAGUGAUUUGGGAGAUGAGGACGAGAGUGACGACUCGGCGUCGGUGACGGCCUUUCCGAGCAUGACACAGAGUGGGCGCAAGGUUGUAAAACCUACACAGUUUGUGCCCGAGGUUUCGGCGGCGCCUCCGAGGAAACGAAGCGCGCCAAAUCGACGGCCAGGGCCAGGGCCAGGGCGGAAUGUGGAGAAUGCGCUCUGUAAGAGGUGCGGACGCGGGCACAGCCCGGCAAAUAAUAUGAUAGUCUUCUGCGAUGGCUGUAAUAUUGGGUGGCACCAAAUGUGCCAUGAUCCGGUAAUAACAGAGGAGGUGGUAAAGGACAAAACUACGGAGUGGUUCUGCGUCGAUUGCACGGCGAAACGGGACAAGAGGAAGGGCGAGAGGGCAAAAACCAGUACGCCGAAAAGCAGUGAGGAUACACCCUGGGCUGGGAAGAGUGCGACAGAGAAACGCGCAUAUCUCACAUCCUUCCCAUACAGCCACCUCGUGGAUCUCCUCCUCCAAGCCACCACCCUCCAUCCCUCAAUUCCUAUUACCCCACCUUCCACAUCCAUCCCAUCAAAGGCCAUACGCCGCGUAAAAGUGCACCCCCAGCAGCCCUUCCCGCCCUCCUCCACCGCCGCAUCCGGCCUCUUCCCCCGCGCCUCCGCUAACCCAGCAGCCCCUAUAAACUUCAUCCGCAAAUUACCCCUGGGCGAGACGUCUCCCGCGUUCAGUACUCCUUCAACCGCAGUAGCUGUGCCCGCGUUGCCGCAGGCCUACACGGAUGCAGAUGCCGAGGGCGAGGAGGACGAUGCUAUGAGUCGUGAGAGCACACCCGCAAGCCCGCCGUAUCCGAGGCCUGGAAAUGGACUCAUGGCGCGCUUGAAGAGUGAUGUGGAUGAUUUGGAAUGGCUUGUGGGCGGGGGAGGUGGGGAAGAGGAGGGCGCCUUUAGCCAUGUUGUUUUUGAUGGAGGGGAGGCGGGAGUGGAAGCUUAA